AUGUCAUCGAAUUCGAAUAUACCCCGCGAGGACUUCUUUAAUGACCCUUCGCAACAAACAACCAAUUUAAGACCAAACAGUGGUCUGAGAGAUACGGGCAAUAUGGCGGGUGGAGUCGAUGGAAAUGGAGGAGACUCGACAAUUCCAAAACCGAAGAGAAUUGCAUGUAUUAUAUGUCGGAAAAGAAAACUUAAAUGCGAUGGUUCAAAACCAAGUUGUUCAACGUGUACGCGAUUGGGACAUGAUUGUGCUUAUGAUCCUGUGCGAAGAAAGUCUGGCCCAAAACGUGGCUAUGUGAAAGCAUUGGAAGAAAGAUUGAAACAAGUCGAGAAUAUGCUCAAAUCACAAGAACCUACAACUGCAACUACGAGUCCAAGUACAAGCAAUGCCAGCGGGACUGGAUUGCGGACCGCCCCUACCCCAGAUCUCAACGUUCCAAGUCCGAAUAUUGGAGUAGACGGCGAGCGGUGGCGCUAUAACAAUGACGAUCAACCAACGUUGAAUGACAUGGGAUUCUCGGCCACUAUUGGUAUGGGAAUGGGGCUCGAUGACUUUCCAUCUACCUGGGAGAUGAUUGGUCUUGGGAUUGAGGAACCGUUGCCCCUCCAAGAGGUGAUUGACGAGUUGCAUGAAAUCUACUUCGAUAAUAUUCACCCUUCACUCCCAAUGAUCCACAAAUACCGGUACCUUGCUGCCAUGAAUCUUGCGCCAAAUCAACGACCCCCAGUUUCAUUACGAUAUGCAAUGUGGACACUGGCAGCUUCUAGUUCAGAAAAAUACAUGAAUCUUAAAGACCACUUCUAUCAGCGAGCCCGAAAAUACAUGGAAAUGGAUACGUUGAAAGGAUUUGGAGAAAGCAUAAUUUCUGUCUCGCAUGCACAGGUCCAUAUUCUUUUAGCUUCUUACGAAUUUAGAAUGAUGCACUUUCCUCGAGCUUGGAUGAGCACUGGAGCUGCCAUUAGAUUAUGUCAAAUGAUGGGUCUACAUAGACUUGAUAAGCCUGGCUUAGAAGUCAAGCAGUGUCUCCCACCACCGCGAGAUUGGACAGAAAGAGAAGAAAGGCGUAGAACUUUCUGGAUGGCUUUUUGCGAAGAUCGAUAUGCUAGUGUCGGUACUGGAUGGCCUAUGACUAUCGAUGAAAAGGACAUCACAUCGGACCUACCAUCUUCAGAGGACGCUUUUAACCUGAGUAAGCCGGAAAGAACGCAAACUCUGACUGAUUCAAUGAGUCCCCAGGGCGCCUCUAAGUUGUCGCCAUUCGCUGGUGUUGUUUUGAUGGCCUCACUCUUUGGAAGAAAUCUCCUACAUCUACAUCGUUCUGAUCCUGAUUAUCGUGACAACGAUUUAAAUGGGGAAUUUUGGAGGCGACACCGACAUAUGGACAACAUUCUCUUAAAUACAUCCCUUUCUUUACCUUUUCACCUUCGAUUGCCUCACGGGAUGGCCAAUUCUAAUAGUGUAUUUUUAAACAUGAAUAUUCACGCUUCCACCAUCUGCCUACAUCAAGCAGCAAUAUUCAAAGCUCAAAAUAAUCGAUUACCUGAUACUGUCACCGCCGAAAGCAAAAUCAGAGCCAUUAGUGCUGCUAAUGAGAUCACGAGAAUUAUGCAGAUGAUCUCGCAUAUGGAUUUAUCAACUAUGAAUCCAUUCAUAUCUUUUUGUCUCUACGUAGCCGCACGCGUCUUUGUUAAACAUCUCGACGAUACACCAAAAGACUCUCCAAGUCCUUUCUUGUGCAAUUGGACGUUGAUUGAGGCCAUGGGAUUGCGUAAUAAUAAUAAAUUCAAAGAAGGUCCCUGGAAUGAGACUCCGCUGGGGUCCAAAGAGACUGGGAUACCCGGAAUGGGUACAACUGUCAUUGGACCAAAUGAUCAAAAUGGGUGUAACAUUGUGCGAUUCAUAGAUGGAGGAGGUCCAGAUGACUUCCGAAUGGUAGGCGAAAGUCCUACUAACCCUCAGGAAACAUCACGCAGUAUUUCUGCCGAUACUGAAAAAAGAAUCAGGAGAGCGUCAACAAGCCCUGGAGUUGAUCCAUUUCCUCGAAGCUUCGACGUGGAACAGAGAGGCUGGCCUAGGCUGAACGAACUCUCACAAGCUCGAGAUCUGAGGCAAGGCGUACCUGUUAGUCAAAGCAAAGAACCAAACGGCAAUACAUACAACCACGAUAGUACAAGUCCCGGCACGAGAACAGGUCUAUCUUCCAAUACUGGCAAUACUUCCAACCAUCCAACACUGAAAUCCGCGUCUGACGUCCGACCUUCUAAUAUACAACAUGGGCAGACUACUACGAACACUGGAUCCUAUGGAACUCGUCCAGCACCAGAUGCGGAUCGCGAAGUUCGUCUCAUCGAUGCCUUUUUCUCGACACCCCCGGGAUACAAUAACAUUCCAGCCGGGUCGAAUAUAUCAUCGUCAGCAUAUAGUAUGCCAGAAACGCCUGGAAGAACAUAUACAACUCCGGGUCCAUGGCCGCAGCAGACUACAACGGGGCUGACUCCGGUUGGGGAGGGGGUAUUUAGACAUCUGAUGGGGUUGGGACCCAUGGAUCCAAUGGACAUAUGGGAGGGGGGUCAUUGA